CGCCGAUUUUAGACUUUGAAAAUCGGCCUGUGAACUAGUCUUUGAAAUCCUUACUCGCGAUAUUUUGCCAAGUCGGUUCACCGUUUGCGUGUGCGUACGCAAUUUUUGCAAUGAAUCGUGGACCUCCUGAGCAGAGAUUGUUGUUUAAACGCAUUUUAGUUCCGGAGGGCAAUCGUAUCUGCCAAUACCCACCGUCCCUGACACAUCAAUUACGAGUAGACACUGUAGCUAAUGGUUUCUGAAGUGCGCACGAACGUCUGGGUUUACUAAAGGAAUACAGUCCACGAAUUGCCUCAUCGCUUCAGGUUAGAUUUGGACUAUUGUGCUGAUUUUUAAGAUUACGUAUCUCUGUUUGUGUAAUAUUCUAUACAGUCGGUUAAAUGGAGUAUUAAGUAAACUCGAAUGUUUUAUUUGUAUUGGUAAGAAUGGUGUUAAUUUGAGCUAGUUAUAUUAUACUAUUAUAAUACUCCUUAUCUAUUUGAACACAUUGUUGUUAGAAAACUCUUUGAGUACUUUUUGUACAGUUCAACUUUGACUGUUCUGUUAGUAUGGGGGGCACUUAUGCAUUAUAAUUAAAACGUGAAAGAGAUGGCGUAGAAUUUAUACUAUGACAUGUAUCGUGCAUGAUAAUAUAUAUAAGAGCGUAUUCACAAGUAAAAUCGUCUGGCGUUAGACAGAGGCUAUACAGCAUAGCUUUCCGUAGCCGGGCGCGAUAAAACGCCUAUCCGAUACGGAAUGUACAACUUUCAGAAGCUGAACGAAACAACAUCUCUCCGUUGCAAUAAUUUCUCUGAAAAUAGCGUUACAGAUAGGUGUUUUUUUUCACGUCGCUACCGUACGUUAACCGGUAUACACUGUGAACAUAGCCCGAGUAAAAUAGCUACUAAAGACAGUAUCGUUCAUCUUAUGUCUUAUGACAAACUUUUCGUGCAUGAAAGAUUAAGGGGAUGGUUGAUAGAUUUCAACUACUAUAAAAUAACCCUUUCCCGUGUGAGCCUCAUCAUUCCAUUGUGAAGUAAAAUAAUUUGGUUAUAGCCAGAGUGAAAUAUUAAAACACUGUUUAAAUUGUUGUUGCUUUGUUUUAAUACAAAUCUGCUUUUAAUGACAGUACACAUCCGUGAUUUAAUGUGACAUUCAUUCCACAUUUGUUGCGAUUCAUGCCAUUAUUAUGAUGUGUUUUCAAAGGGUGGUUCGGUCAUUAUGAUAGUGAUUGUAGAUUUUUAACCGCAAUUCAUGCGCAUUAGUGCGCGCUGAUGGCCUUAAAUCGCGCUUUAAUAACAAUCUAAAGUGUGGAAACGACGUCUGUGCCGAUUAGAUUUGAAUGUAACUGAAUUGCGCGCGUUUGUAUGUAUCUGUUUUUAAACAACCACAAAUGUUAAAUAUUUGGUCUGGGGUCAGAAUCGAUCCCACGAUCCAUCUUGAAUCGUUUUACCGACUACGACUUAUUACCCACAAAAGUACAGCUUAAUAUUACGCAUACUAUAGGCACGAGUUUUCUUUUGCGAGCGAAUUACGCAAAAUUCGUCUGGUUACAUUUAAAGUUAGCUGUGCACGAAUGUAGCUACGUUAUUGUUUAUAAUGGCUGGCGCACAUGAAGAUUAUAUCCCAUGUUUCGUGUGCGAAUAUAUUUCUCUUUGAUCUUGAUUCCAAGCGCAAACGUAAUCCUUAAGUUGCUUAACCCUAUUGCGCCCGAGUGCAAUAAUGAGCCAUAUUUCUCACUCGAUAAUAAUUUUUGUGACCCGAAAAUUGGGAUUUCCGUAUACUGUCUGAGAGGCUUAAGGUCAGGGCAUUAUAUAACUUCGGAAAGAAUAAGAAUAAGUUAAGCUUAGAUUUCCCCUUUAUAAAGAGGUACAUUUCGUAAUAUUUUUCUAGUUUUCAGCACUCGUCAAGCUAAAAGGGUCAUUGACUGAUAUUUUUGGAAAUUGAGUUGGAGUGAUGUCCACACAGGACAAAUAGAAAACAAUUUUACAACAGUAGGAAUCGUAACUGAAAGCUAUAUCAAUAUCUUCCUACCUUAUCUAUCUAUCUACCUAUCUACUUACCUAAUUAUCAAUUAACCUAUCAUCAACCUAUCUACUUACCUACCGUCCCACCCAUUCCUUUCACCCAUCUACCUACCUCCCUCCCCAUCUACCUACCUCCCCAUCUACCUACCUAAACCUACCACCUACAGGGAUGGAUCCAGCAUGAUCUGGUAGGGGGGUGCUCUGCGGCCUACUACCUACCCACCUACCUACCACCUACCUACUAUUGACCUGCCUACCCACCUACAUACCUACCAAUCUAGCCAGCCAUGCACCUACUCAUCUACCUCCCUGCCCACCUACCUACAGUACCUGCUUGCCUGCCCACCUACCUAGCUGCCUGCCCACCUACCUACAGUACCUGCUUGCCUGCCCACCUACCUAGCUGCCUGCCCACCUACCUACCCAUACACAACCAAAUUAUAAUUACCAAUCAACUAAUUUAUUGCUUUUUCAUUUUUCUCUAGAAAAUGAGGUUCACAUCAGCCGUGUUUAUUUUAGUUCAAAUAUUUCUAUCACUCGUCACUGAAUGUGUUCAGGUGGAGGGCGUCCGUUUCUAUCAAACAAAAAGGCAGCCAGGAAGGCAACAAGUGGACAUUGAUAUUUUCAGAAACAUGUUUUCACAUCCAACAAACAGAAAAAAGGUUGUGCUAAUGUGUCGUAAUAAAAACUAUCUUGUCAUGGAGCACGAGAAGCUGAAAGGAUCAACCGAUCCAAAGAUUAUCAAACAAUUUGGUAAGUCUAUCUAUAUUCUGCUUGUGAAAGCUCAUAUCUCUAACUUAAUUUCUACUGCAGUAAGCGUUUCCCCUAGAAGUCCAGUAAGGAACAUUCCUGAUUAGUCAGUGCAGUCAGGUGCAGUGUCAGCCAUGCCUGUAAAAGUUUGUGGAGGUAGCUAAUUUUUGAAUGGAGGUAGGCAUGGCCGAGGAGGUAGGCCUGGGGACAAGAAUAGAUCCUCCAUAUUCUGACAAUCGAAGCUCGGUCACAGAAGUAAAAUUCACAUGCACAUGCGUUUACCAUUGUGACACCAAAAAUAUACUCCUCAAAAUAUUUUUAAUACUUUAAAUGCCUCGCUCUGCAAAUCCUAAAUCUUUCCGGCUGCGCUGUUUUUACCACUGCUGUGAAACGUUUAAUAGAAAUAAGCUUAUUUGCAUAGGAAUGAUAAUGUGUAAAACAAAUUUAUGAAAAAGCUUUGGUAUAUAGAAUUUUAACAUUUUUAAUCAGCUGCAUGGUGCAUUUUAUGCAGUUCACAUUUGAAAGAUAGCUCGCAAAUACAUUGUGAAAACGUAAAGUUUACUAAACUAUAUAUAUUCUAACUUGAAAAGCUGUUUUAUUGAGCCUACGGCUGUUUAAGUGGUUUUAACAGGAUCAUCUAUUGAACAAGCAUAUUCGUUUUGUAGGGAUUCUGUUUUAUGCAUGUAUUUCUUGCCCGGCACAUACUGAUUUUUGAACGCGUUUUCACCCUGUAUAAGAGGCAGCAAUGAAUUCGUAAGAUUUAGAAAUGCAAAACUAAAGCAUUUUUAGUUGCAAUUCCUAACACAAAGUUGCAAGGCAUUUUUUAAUACCAUCGACUGGUGGGGCAUUUACCCCACUGGGCCCCUUCUUCUGCCCCACCACUGAAGAAAAAAAGGCCUAUUGCCCCAAAGCCAGGGCCCUAGGACCUAUUGAAAAGAAGUUUGAAAAACAAAAUUUGUUGGUGAGCGUACAUAAACUUAUGUUGCGUUUGAAUGUUUAGCAGCAAUUUAUUACAAAUUUCACCAUUAAAACUUUGCUUUGAGAAGCUGAGAUUUUUAAAAAAAUGUGUCCUCAGAAUGCAUGCGGAAUUGCUAUCUCAGAGACUCAAAUUUUAAAUAUUUCUUGGGGGCCAUGCACCCACACCCCCGCCCCCUAUAGCUAACUCGUGCCUUGCUGUCUUGGGAGAGGGCAAGGAAAACGGGCCCUUUGGUAGUUUUGCCCCACCGCUGACGAAUCCUUAAAAAAGCGCACUGCAAAGUUGUCAAGGAAGACUGAACUAGCUUCAUUUAUUCAGAAAUUAUAGCUUCAAUACUAGCUUCAUUUAUAAACCCUUACUGAUCCAAUGUUACCACAGCUAACUUUAUUUAUACUUAACUGGAUAGCUCCAUCAGUUCUAAAUUGUUUGCGCAAGAGGUCCAGUAUAAGUGCCAUCUGUUAUACGCCUGUAUUUGCUGAAAAGCUCACUCAUGGCUCACACUCAAAGAGUGCAUGGAGGUUCAAUCUGAGCUUCCCUUGUGUGUCAGUGCUGUUUUUGAAUAGCUGGAGGUUGAGUAGUCACAUAGUAAGGCAAGGGACUGACCUUCAGCUAUUCAAAAAGAGCACUGACACUCAAGGGAAACUCAGAUUGAACCUCCACUCUUUGAGUGUGAGCAUGAGUGAGCUUUUAGAAUACAGACGAUAGUUAUCCAGUGUUAUAACGGUCAGGUGGUGAUUUUUUCACAAACUUAAUAAUAGUUUAGUAAUUUAAGAGAUUUUUAUAUUUAUCAUGAGAUCUGUAUAGUUUCACAGCUUUUGAAACAUUUUAACGACGGUUAAAAAAAUCGCUAUCAGACCUCCGUUACUUCAUAUGCAAACGCCUACAGAUGGAAAAUGAAUUCCAAAGUUUUUACAAAAAGUGUCACGCCGUAUACCUAAAUGAUGCUACGCUUUUCACACGGUCGGCUCAGCGAAGCCUGCAAUUAAAACAGCAGUAUCUUUUGCACACAGUAUGAAGUCAAGUUGUUCGAGAAAUUACUAUCUGUAUAAUACUGCGGUACCGUUUCUCUGCGCUGUAUGAACGAACAGUUGGUAGUCGACACUUGUGUUUACACAAUGAAAUAGGAUUAUCUAGAUUGAACGUUAAAUUGUCUGUAAACAGUUUUGGGGACAGAAUCUAAUGAGUAAAUUUAUGAAAAACAUUCGGUGGGCAAUGAAUAAAUGUUUCAUAUAACGUCAUAUAUAAGUUCAUUAAAUAUGAGUGGAGUGAAUUUUAUCUGCUUUUUAAUUUACAUCAAGUGGAAAUUUUAGUUUGAAAAUAAAUGAAAGAGCCCUAUCUGAUCAACUGAAAAAUGGUUAAUGUUGGGCGGUUGUUAAUUAAAAGUAAAUACCGUAAGCUAAAUAAACCCAGAGGAGUUGCUCUUAUAUGUUAGCGUUAAGGACUGGGUCAAUUUUGCGGGAAAUUGAUGGGCUUUCACAAAUAUUGUAGUUCGUACACAAAACUGAUUUCUGCGCAUGUUAAGCAGAAAUGUCUGUAUUGUUGCCUAGUCGUGUUCAGUAACUUAGUGGAAUGUAACUUCGGUGAACAGUUUUAGUUAACAUGCAUUGAAAUCCACUUUCGUAAAGUUGAAAGCGGAAUAUUGAAUUUGAGUAGGAAUGGGUUUUAAACCAGUUUGAAUAUAUGACUUUUUCUGAAUAAAAAAAGAACGUGAAAAAAUUAGUUUGAUUUCAAGAAUAUUGAAAGUAUAGGAAUAUUGAAUAUUGUAAGGAGAAAUACCCCGGAUAUUACUUCACUCUUUUGCAUCAUAUUCAAGCCUUUCUGAAUGCGCUAUGUGCGUAUUCUUUGUCGUUUCUUUGCGAACAAACAAUCACAACAGCGGACUAAUAUUAAAUCCCCGUGAGCGCUGUGAAUAAUAAUAACAAAAAACAGACGCAAACAAUCAAAUUCACAAAGAAAAACAGCAAGUAGGGUCAAAGUUUUCAUGUUUACAAACGGAAUUAUGUGAACUUUAAUGUGUUUUUGAUGGGAUUAUUGUCCAUAGCGCAGUUUGAAGAUCCGUUCCUGUCUCAUGUUGCUUCGACGCGACCACUGCAUGCGCAUGAAACCGCGUGCUAUUUUUGGUAAACGCGAGAUGGCGAAAUUGCGCGCACUGUUUUACUGUUUGUAUAGGGUGUGUCCGAGGUCAGUGUGGGCCGCAAUAUGAUUUGUCAGUGACCGCUGAGGGCCUGGAGAUGCUUAAACGCAGGGACGCCGGAACGAUGUGAAGGCAAGGGGGGCAGAUUUUCAUGAAAGGGCACUUUUGAAUUGAUAUAUACUAAGAGAUGUUUGCAAAACAUCGGGAGUUGAACUUCGCCCAAUCAUGUUUUCUAUUUUUGGAUGAUAGGGGUGUGAGGGGGUUCUCCGCCAGGCGAUUGCGCUAUUCUUGAAGCUCGAUGACUGCAUUUCUUGCGUUUUCUGAAGCAAAUUCGUAAAAGAAUUGCACUAACAUUUCUGACAAUUCGCUCUUUCGCCAAGGCAAUCCUUUAAAUUGAAAGGGCACCUUUGCCCCCCCCCUUGCCCCUCCUCAUGGUAAAGGGCAACGGGGGCGGCUGCCCCCCCCCCCAGUUCCGGCGUCCCUGCUUAAACGUGAAUAAUAUGGAGUCCAAAAUCUUGAGUAUUUACCCAUAUACCUUACACUAGCAUCACCUUGGAAUAAAUACAUGAACUUGUGGAUAGAGCUCGACAACUGGACUCUGUAGCUCUGUUGUUGGUCAGAGCGCCGCACCUCUAGGAAGGCCCGUUUUAUUCUUCUUCCGAUGGAUGUGAAAGAGUGAAUAAGUUAUGAAUGCUCUGAGUAUAUGUACCCUCAUUUAAACAUUCCUAACUUAUCCACUCGUUCACAUACAUUAGGAGGAGAAAAUUGCACCUAAAAUCAGCAGCAAAAAAUUGCAAGUGUAAACGGGCAUUAACUCUUAAGGCAAAUAGUUUAGAACUGAUGGAGCUAUCCCAUAGAUAUCUUAUAUACACUAGAUAGUGCAUCUAAUUAUUCUGCAAUUCAAAAAUUGAAGCCGUGAUUGCAGUCUCAGGUCGUUCCCAUGAAAUUAGAAGAUUCGUAUUUUUCCUAUUUCUUAAACAGGGAACUUAAACAUUAAGUUAACCCUAUUCCAAAUUCGUUUUUAAACUAUUCAAAUGACGAAAGUUAUUGUUGUUUUUAAGCGUUUAUUAGCAAGUGGGAACGACCAACAUGGCCGCCAUCUAUUCAAAUGGGGGUAACCGCUGGAAUAUUCUUGGCUUCAAUUUUACUAAAAGAGAUGCGCUAUCUAGUGUAUAUAAGAUAUCUAUGAGCUAUCCAGUAUAGUUAGCUGUGGUAACACUACAUCAAUAAGGCACUGGUUGGAAAGCCGCACCGUAAUCGCAGGACCGCCUGUUCGAUUCCUACCAGAGGCCCUAUAUAGUUGCAUUUUUCAAACACCGCACGCUGGUCUAAUCCAGCGAAUUUUCUCCCACUCGUGCGGGCUUAUAUUGUCAGCGGACAUCCACACAAAAUUAGCAACAAUGUAGCACUGUCCAAAACGCAAAGCUUUCAAUAUAAUAUCGGACGCCCGCUGGAAAAAUUACCCUGUUUUUUUCCCUUAAACAAGUUCUACCCUUCUAGAACAGUUAGAAUUGAUAUUAUAUAAUUCAAUUGCAGUGUAUAGCUAAUAUUUUGUUAAGUAUACGAAGUAACAAUCUAUUAAUUCAAACUUGGAUUUUUAAUCUUUUCCUAAUGUUGCCGGCAAGUUGUUGAUCCCAUUCUCGUGGGGUUUUUUUAACAGGAAAAUUUGAGUUGCAGUCGUUUGGUGUGGGAAUUAUGAAAAUUUUUAAUGUGAGGACAAGGAAAUUUAUUGCCUUCGACAAAAGUGGGCGAGCUUAUACAACGGUAAGAAAACGAUAAAACAUGGAAAUAAGUUCACUAUUUAUUGUAAUUAUUAUUCCGCUUACUUGACUGCAGGGGCGUAGGAAGCUUCUAAAAGUUGGGCGGCCAGGCUUUGAGGGGCACUUUUCGCAAAAAAAGGGCAUCUAAAAAUUUUUUCCCGGAAAUGUUGGCGACGGGGGGGGAGGUCAUCAAAAAAAUUUUUCGGACAAACCAAAAAAUUUUCCAGAUAUAUAAUAUUUUUCUCGGAAAUGAUCAAAUUUUUCCGCAAAUAACAUUGAUUCGAGUAUUCAAAAGUGCCCUUUGGGCAGAAAAGACAAUCUUAAUGAAAAUUUUUAACGCAAAAAAGGGCACUUUGCUCCCGGAAAAAGGGCACUUGGCAAAACUCGGGGGGGGGGCUGCCCCCCCCUGAGCCCCCGGUUCCUACGCCCCUGCUUGACUGCAUGCAUGGUGAUGACGUUACUCGGAGAACAUCAUCCAAAACAUACAUAUAUCUACCUUUAUAACAUAAUUACUACGUAUCAGAUUUGAUUGACAGGCGUAUCGAUCUCGACCAAUGGGAAUUUUGCGUUGUGUGGGCAACGCAUAUUUCGUUUCUUGAUAUGUUGUCGACAGGCCCUCCUUUUCUUUCGCAUGCCCGGGAAUCUAAACCCGCGGAAAGGAGGGACCGCUCGCAGUCUAAUAUCGACUUGAGAACAAAUAUCACCUACCAUUUAACGUCCUUAUCCGAGAAGAGGCGAAAGUCUAACCAGUCACUGAUAUCAAUGUAAAGGUAGCACUUUCUCCUCAAUGGACCAUUCCCCAAUUAACCAAAAUUUUGAACUCAACAAGUCUAGACAAAAAUUUCAUCACAGCUUGAAAGAGCAUCACAAAAUUAGUAAUAUUCCAAAGUUUCGUUGCAAAAUGUUGUAAAAUGCGGAUAAUAUAGCCUUGCGAAGUUUGCAAUUUUCAGUCAUUUUAGAUUACAAACGGGAAACGGUUACCACUUCUGUGCGUAAUCUAAAAUGACUGAAAAUCACAAACUUCGCAAGGCUAUAUUAUCCGCAUUUUACAACAUUUUGCCACGAAACUUUGGAAUAUUGCUAAUUUUGUGAUGCUCUUUCAAGCUGUGAUGAAAUUUUUGUUUAGGCUAGUUAAGAUCAAAAUUUUGGAAAAGUGGUAACCAUUUCUCGUUUGUAAUCUAAAAUGACUGAAAAUUGCAAACUUCGCAAGGCUAUAUUAUCCGCAUUUUACAACAUUUCGCAACGAAACUUUGGAAUAUUACUAAUUUUGUGAUGCUCUUUCAUGCUAUAAUGGAAUUUUGUCUAGAUUUGUUGAGAUCAAAAUUUUGGUUAAUUGGGGAAUGGUCCAUUAUUUUAAGACUUUACAGAUACAGAUAUUUCACAGCACACUCCCUAUAUCAGGGAUUUUCAGUGACUGGUUACAUUAUGAAUAGGUAGAUAGAACCGGACUGACGUGAAGCAGACCGAGGUAGGCUUUGUGCUUACAAAUGGCGCUUAAGCAGCCGCUAUUAGUCCAUACCUCAAUAAUGAUCUGUCUCCAGAGUCCAGACCUAUGUGCCUAACCCACCCUGUCAACUUUCCCUGUGGGAGGAAACACGGAGUACCCGGAGAAAACCCACGACUUUCGGCAGAGCGUUGACUUGUACUCUUUUCACAUGAGGACUGGGUUCGAGUCACAUUGAGAAGUUCUCACUGAGAUUUGAACCCACGGCCUUAGAGGUGAAAGGCAAGUGCGCUAACCACUUCGCCACCGAAGCACCUUGAGUCUCUACUGGACCUGGCACCCCCAGCUUGAAAGGCAAGCGUGGUGACCUCGACACCAUUUGAUAGACUAUGAUCUACCCAAGCGAAAUCUCACAGUGUUCUGUUUUCCAUUUCAGCGAAAUAACACACUUGACACUCUGUUCAAGGUGACACAAAGAAACAGUUUAUUCGUGACUUAUCAUUCGCUCGUACACCGCACGCUGGAACACGGCGCGAGACGAAAAUGGUAUUUAGCGAUUAAGGCAAAUGGACGUUUUAAACGACCAUCAAAAACACAUUCAAGACAUCGCAAAUCUAUAGAGUUCCUCCCGCGAGACUGGAGAAAAUAUAAACUACAUUUAAUGAAUUCACGAUAAAUGGAAACGGACUAUACUAUACGGUGCUGUAGUCUAAACCCUCGGUGGACCAAUACAUCCGAAUUCCGAGUUGAGAGCCAAAAUCUUCAAACGUGGCCACGCCCAAUGUACGACAAGGGUAACCAAAUGGGGUACAAAAAAACCAAUUAAACAACGCCUAUAUAAACGUGACUACAAAUGUUAUAUCCAUAUAACGAAAUGCUUUUAACUGGUUUAAAAGUGGUAUACAUAAAAUGCAAUUACUGUAUAGAAAUAAGUUAUAUACUAUGUAGCAAGGGUGACCUUAUUAUUGUAAUAGGUAGGUUUUACUAAGCACGAGCAGAUGGUUGGCAAUCGGUAGAGAUCAGAAUGAGAAAAUAAUGUUAAUAUCUGAGGUGCAGACGUAGUUAGGUAAUGGUUAGGGAUUUGAGUUUCUUGGAUUUAGUUCCGAAUCACGUGAAGAUAUCCAGUCAACACGUGCCCCCACGAACGUCGUGUUCCUUAUCACAAGGAACUACACACGUAAAAAUCUCACAUCUUGUAACAAGUCUGCCAACAAGCCGUCAACAAGAUGUAUUCGCACUGCUUGUCACAAGUUGUCAACAGAUUUGGAACAACUUAUUGACAACUUGUAACAACCUUGUCGAAAUUAUCAGACUUGUUGCAACAUUGUUCUGACAAGUCCGUUACAAGCUUGAUAUAACAAGAUUGUUACAACCUUUUGUCGUCAAUCUUUUGUAACAUCCUUGUUAUAUCAUGGCUGUAACAAACUUGUUAGCACAGUCUUGUAACAAGGCUGAUAAUUCCAUCAAGCUUGUUACAAGUUGUUAACAGUUUGUUUCAAACGCACAAGUUGUUACAAGUCUGCAAACAAGUUGUUACAAAUCUGUUCACAUGCUGUCGACAAGUUGUGUUCGCAAUGCUUGUUCCUAUAGUUGCUGGAACAAGUUUGUAACAAGCUUGAUGAGAUCAGACUUGUAGCAAAGUUGCUCUACCAAGUCUGAUACAGUCGUGAUAUAAUAAGAAUGUUACAAGGUUGACGACACAAGGUUGUAACAAUAUUGUUAUAUCAUGACUGUAUCGGUCUUGUUGGAACAACCUUGCAACAAAACUGAUAGUAUCAACAAGGUUGUUACAAAUUGUUAACAGCUUGUUCCAAACCUGUUAACAACUUGGGACAAGCAGUGCGAGCACAACUAGUUGACGGCUUGUUAGCAGACUUGCUACAUGAUGUGAGAUUUUUACGUUUGUAAGUGUUCGACUGAAAAUUAAGAACCGAGAAGAAUAUGAGCCACAACGCUUUUCAACAUAGUAGUCUUGUACCAAUUUGGCGGCAAAAAUUUCUGGGAUUGUUCAACCAUCUGCUACUCUGAAUGCUUGACAAAAUCCACCAGGACUCAAUUGUACAUACUAAUAUGUUUAGCAAAACAUUGUUCAAUAUAACAAAUAUUAAAGUGAAACUCGAGAAAUUUAUACUGUGUUAAACUCACCAAUAGUAAAAUCACCAAUGUCGUUUUUCUAAUUAAUAAAUAUUACAACGAAUUCUAAAUAGUUCUUGUAAAUGUGGAACAAUUUAGAUUUCGUUAAGCCCUGAUCAGACCAGAAUGAGAAUUGCAUGAGAGUUGAGAAGCGAGAGUUUUGCAUGAGAAUUUUCUCAACUCUCAUCAAAAUUCUCAUGUCCCGGUCAAACGAGAACAAGAGUUGCAUAAGAGUUGAUGAGAGUUGAGAAGCGAGAAUUUGCAUGAGAGUUUUCUCGACUCGCAUCAAAACUCUUGUGUCCUGGUCAAACGAGAACAAGAGUUGCAUGAGAGUUGAUGAAAAUUGAGAAGCGAGAGUUUGCAUGAGAGUUAUCUCAACUCUCAUCAAAACUCUCAUGGCCUGGUCAAACGAGAACAAGAGUUGCAUGAGAGUUGACUGGAUAUUACUGCUCGCGUAGCGAAAACUCUCACCAAAAUCUGAACCAGUUCAAAGCUGAUGAGAGUCGCUGACAGUUGACCGAGGCUUAAAAUCUGAAGUUGCGAUUGGAUAACACACCAGCCUGCAACCGUGGGAUCAGAAGUGUCAUGAAAACAGUUCCCGUUGGCGAUUUGUUUGCUAAACUGGAUAUGUUCCCAUUUUUUAGACUAAACUUCAGACUGUCAGAAAAUUACUUAACACUACACUGCAUCAACUCUCAUCCUCGAAUUGGUUUUCGUCUGUCCAAAUUAUGAGAUCAGUGUCAUUUUUAAUGGUCGCGCGCCAUUACAAGGAAGACCCUGGGGACGAGGUUGGGUCUAUCCAGUUUAUUAUGAGGACAGUUCUGAAAACUGAUCUCGUAACAGACUGGAUGGACCCCAUCAAAAAUGAAGCCAGUUCGAGCGAGAUUUGGAGUAAGUCUAAUCCUCUCGUUUGACCAAGCCUAAACUCUAAACUCGCACACAUUUAUCUGCAGUUCAACUUGUCAAACUUCUAUUAACUAUGGUUCAAUUCCUUAUCAGAGUAUAUCUGAUGCAGUACAAAACGACAUAAGUCAUUUGAAUUCCAGUAUGAUAGAUGCGAUGUUAUAGCGGACCAGUAUUGAGUUCUGUUCUCACAUAAUGUGUAGUCGAUUCGUCUUGAAAGAACU